GCCUCCGUAAAGGCGCGUCGGUCGCAAACGUGGCGUCGUCGGCAUUUGAUUCAACAAUUCAACGAUAGACGUGUACUUGGUUCAAGGAAAAAAUGCCCGUAAAACAGAUCACUGACGAAGCAAGGUUUCAGGCUGAGUUGUCAAAUUCAGGUCACAACCUCGUAGUGGUGGAUUUUACAGCCAGCUGGUGCGUGCCUUGCCAGAGGAUUGCGCCUCACUUCGAAUCCCUCAGCAACAAGUACCUGCGGGCUGUGUUUCUAAAGGUAGACAUCGACCAGUGCCGUGAAACGGCAGCAGCACAGGGUGUCAGCUCCGUUCCCACGUUCGUAUUCUUCCGAAACAAACAAAAAGUGACUACCCUCACUGGAGCUGAUCCCGGAACAUUGGAGAGGAAGAUUCAGGAGCUGCUGGCAUCCACACCUGCUGAAGGCCCCUCAGCAGAGACUGUCCAAGGGCAUGUUGAUAUAGCAACUUAUGUGGACAAAAGUGCAACAGAAUGUUUGAAUGAAUCUGAUGACCAUACUCUGGCUAGCUGCCUUGCAUCCGGUGACGGGUACUUGGAGUCUGACUGCGAUGAACAGCUAAUAAUUUCUCUGGGAUUCAUCCAGCCUGUUAAGCUACAUUCACUAAAAGUUGAAGGUCCACCCAACAAAGGCCCCAAAACAGUGAAGCUUUUCAUCAACCAGCCUAGAACAUUAGGUUUUGACCAAGCGUUAAGCAUGGAGCCAACACAGUUGCUAGAACUGACAGCAAAAGAUUUAGAAGGUGCCGUUGUUCCAUUACGUUAUGUCAAAUUCCAGAAUGUACAGAAUCUGCAGAUACUUAUUAAGGACAACCAGGCUGGAACAGAAACCACCCAGAUAAACCGCUUGGUCAUCUACGGUAGUCCCCUCACCACAACAAACAUGGGGGACUUCAAAAGGGUUGCGGGUAAAAAAGGCGAAAGCCACUAGGAUGCAAAUUUUUCACAGUGGCCUCCGUCAAGUGGGGCUCUUCGCAGCUUCCAGUCUUUGCAAGCACGAAUGCACGCUUCUAAAAGGAACACAGCUUUGCCUGCAUCAACGUGGGACUUACCUUCCAUGUCUCAGGGGGGGUG